CGCAUCGACAACUGAUGGUUAUGUUAGAGCUGACAACGGUACGGAACUUAGCUGGCAACUGUGAAGCUCUCGUUAAACAAAAUAUAUACGAGGCUUUAGCACCAGUAUGAUUGGUGACGCUGACCCUACCUGGCCCAUUGGGAUGAGACAUCACCAAACUAUGCUCCAAAUGAUAUGGUAGUAGUCACCUGGAUAAUUUUUUGUGCUUGCUGGAGCCUUGCACAGGUUCUGCUGUUCCUUUUCUCCACAAAACCCCUUCCUCUGCUUUGGGAGACCCUUGCCAGUGUGUUCUCUGGCAUCAUAAGCAUGGGUAACAGCUGUGUGUGUCGGGAGGACAGUGACUUGGAAGACCAGCACCAUGGGUCUUCACGGGGAACUCGAAGCCAGGCCAGGCGAAUGGAUCACGGUACAGGUGUGGGUUUUGAUGCUGGAGAGGCUCGAAGCAGUAGGCCCAGGGACCCUGUUCGGCCACCAAGGCGAGGCCGCGGACCCCAUGAACCAAGACGGAAGAAACAAAAUGUGGAUGGACUGGUGCUGGAUACACUGGCUGUCAUCAGGACACUUGUUGACAAUGACCAAGAACCGCCCUACUCCAUGAUCACCUUGCAUGAGAUGGCAGAGACAGAUGAUGGUUGGUUGGAAGUGGUCCAGUCUUUGAUCCGUGUGAUACCACUGGAUGAUCCACUGGGUCCUGCUGUGAUAACACUUCUGCUGGAUGAAUGCCCCUUGCCCACCAAGGAUGCUCUCCAAAAGCUCUCCAACAUGCUGAGUCUGAGCUCUGCUGUAGCACGUCAGGAUGCUCUCAGCCCUGCCAAACACAGAAAUACCACAGCAGUCCUAGGCUGUCUAGCAGAAAAACUGGCUGGACCAGCCAGUGUUGGACUGCUGAGCCCUGGAACCCUGGAGUACCUUCUAGAGAGCCUGAGCCCUGAGGCCCACCCUACUGUUAUGCUUUUUGCUCUCAUUGCCCUGGAGAAGUUCUCCCAAACCAGUGAGAACAAGCUGACAGUGUCUGAAUCGUCUGUCAGUGAUCGGCUAGCUGUGCUGGAGUCUUGGGCAGAGCAAACUGACUAUGUGAAAAGGCAGGUUGGAUUCUGCUCCCAGUGGAGCCUCGACAACCUUUUCCUGAAGGAAAGUCGUCAGUUCACCUAUGAGAAGGUCAACCUCACCAGCAUCAAUGCCAUGCUUAACAGCAAUGACGUGAGCGAGUAUCUCAAGAUCUCACCCACUGGACUGGAGGCACGUUGUGACGCCUCAUCCUUUGAAAGUGUACGCUGUACAUUCUGUGUGGACUCAGGGGUAUGGUACUACGAGGUGACAGUCAUUACAUCUGGGGUGAUGCAGAUUGGAUGGGCCACGAAGGACAGCAAGUUCCUUAAUCAUGAGGGCUAUGGGAUCGGAGACGAUGAGUACUCAUGUGCAUAUGAUGGCUGCAGGCAGCUCAUCUGGUACAAUGCGCGCAGUAAGCCUCAUUCUCACCCCUGCUGGAAGGAAGGAGAUGCUGUCGGGUUCCUGCUGGAUCUUAGUAAGAAGCAGAUGAUCUUCUAUUUGAAUGGACACCAGUUGCCACCAGAGAAACAGGUCUUCUGCUCAGCAACGUCUGGAUUCUUUGCAGCAGCCAGUUUCAUGUCAUACCAGCAGUGUGAGUUUAACUUUGGAGCCAAGCCUUUCCGCCAUCCACCUUCUGUCAAGUUCAGCACCUUCAAUGACUUUGCUUCUCUGCUGCCCAAUGAAAAGAUCAUUCUGCCUAGACACCGGCGUCUUGCCUUGCUAAAACAGGUGAGCAUCAGAGACAACUGUUGCACGCUGUGUUGUGACAUCAUGGCCGAUACUGAGCUGCGACCCUGUGGACAUGGUGGCAUAUGUAUGGAGUGUGCCUUACAAUUGGAGACGUGCCCUUUGUGUCGCCAGGACAUCCAGACCCGCGUCAGACUGAUUGCACACGUCUCCUGACACACUUAUUCCUUCUCCACCAAUCAGGACAUGGACGUCCCUAUCUUCCAUUCCCCCCUCAACCAAGUGAUCAAACCAAUCAACAGAACUGUGAGGGUGGUGGUACAAUGUUGUGAUGAUGAUGGAACCCAUGGUCUGGCCAGAGGAGAUGGGGAUGAAAGAGGCCAAAGAUGGAGAGAGGGGAAGGAGUUUUGUAAAACCAUGAUAAAAUCCUGUAAUCCUUUGCUAAUUUAUCUCCAUCCUCUAUAACAUGUCCCAUUUACAACCUACUCUGAGAGAGGGGCAGAGGGAAAGAAAAAACUGAUAAGAGAUGAAGAACAGAUUCAGCCAAACUCAAUGGAGAAAUUCCUACUUAUCUGCAAGCUCCUUUAUGCAAUUAUCUUACAUCCUGCUAAAGAGGAAAACCACAGGGCUCUUUAACUGUCCGCACAGAAAGAGAUACAUCACCACCCAUAACACUUAAGCACAUCUAAGAAGAUAUGGACAAGCAUGUGCAGGUGCACACACUUAUAUAAACCUGAACUCUUCAGUCUUAGAUACAGUAAUGAAUCUAAGGUGCAUUGGAGAUAUGAACCAUGUUUAUGAUUCUGGUUGCAGGUAUAUUGCUGGUAAUGCUUUCUAGGUAGCGUUGACAUUCUCUUUGCAAAUUGUUGAGUUCCAAAUAUGGUUAAUUUAGCAACACCAAACUUGGACAGUUUCAGUGUCUUGACUCAUUGAUUUCCCCUUGUAAGGGAUGAGGAUUUUUUGUAAUUAUCAGCAUUGAAUUCAAUUUAUUUAUUUAUUUAUUUCAUAUUCUUUUGAAGGUAUUGAAAGUCAACCAAAAUCUAAAAAUGUUGGAUUUUUACAUCAAUAACUACUUCAUAUCUUAUGAUCAUUCAUAUAGAGGAAAUAAUAUGGUUUGACUGUGUUGAGAAAAGCAAAUAUAAUUUUUUUUUAAACCAUUCACUGGAACCAGUCAGUAUCAGUAUCAAAUGAUUUUGCCCAUACCAGAGCCCCACUCACUGUGCCUCUUCCUUUCUGGGAUGCUCCUCUUUAGUUUAAAUUGAACAACUACACACAAACAGAUCAGGAGAACUAUCAUUUUGUAAGACAGGAAGUCGAAGUUUCUACACAAGAUGUUUUCAUUUGUUGUGCACUUGGGCAUAAUUCUGGAAAAAACUUGUCAUGUGCCUCCACCAUGUGACAAACUCAUAUAGAUGAUAAUAACAUAAAGCACUUUGUGGGUUUCUGGUCUAUAUUUUAGUGCUCUCAUUUUAAAUCGGAGUUUAUUGUGAAGGACACAAGGUCUGUCAUUGGGGCAGGUAUUUGCAGGAUGUGAUGAAACUACUAUAUCCUAUAAAUAAUGGUGUUAAAUACUCAUGUUAAAACCUUGUAUGAAGUGUGGCAGCUUUUGAUGUUACAGAGAGUCAGCAAGACAUUUUGCCUUCCGAAUUCUGUUCGCCCUGCUCAUCAGUCAGCUGUUUCCAGAAAUUGCAAUCAAAAGUGGUAAAGUAGGAAGUUUUUUGACAUACUGGAAACCCCCAAAUGCCUGUUGAGUGUUACGACUGUUUGGGGUCUGACUGGUUAGACCUCUGAAUUAUUUCAUGAAAUUGGUAGAGUAGAAAACUAUCUACAGUGAUGUAAGAUGAAAUGAAGGUCAAAAGAUUCAAUCAGAAAAAACAGCAGCCUGACAGAUGCAACAAGUGGUUACUUUAUUUGGAAAAAUGUCUCAUGCUUCAAAUGGCGUUAUGGUCAGUAUACUGUCAGGACUUUGUAUGUAUACGAACAGAAUGUGUUAACAUCAAGUUAGCUAAGUGUCCAGGUUUAGCUUGGGUUCACUUUUUUGAACAAAUUGAACACGAUACAUCUGUCAUUUUUUUCACUGUCUCUGUCAUUCUCCGUCUGUCUUCAUCAUUCCCUCCCUCUGAUUUUGACUUUCCUUUUUCUUCUCUCUCUCUCUCCCCAUAGUUCUCUUAAUCCUUUACACAUCUAGGCUGACUUAGUUUUUUUUUUUAAUUUGCUUACAGUUGUUGAAAUUGGCAAGAAUAACCUGAUUCAAUAAAGAUUCUGUUUACCAUUUAAAAACUUUAUUAAAAAGACAAUUGUUAAAUAAUGCUAAAUAAUUUCAGUUUUCUUUUGAUAAAUCGUUUACUAAUAGAAUCUAAAAUGGUUCUGUCUUUACCAAACUGGGAAAAUAGAAUUUAAAAUAAUUCUAACAAAAGCAGAAUGAGUUUUGAACAUAUGCAUCUCUUAGCAUUAAAAAGACAUGUCUGGUUACUGUUUGCUCAUGGAGCAACUUGUACAUCCAAGGGAGAACAUUUACAAGUUGUUUCUUUGGAGAUGAUGUUCAGAACCGUAAAGAAGGUGUAAGUUGUAUUUAAAAAUCUUUAAAGAAUUUUGCCCCAGGAUUCCUAAAGAUAUGACUUACUGAAGAAUCGUUGUUUCCUGGUAUUUAUAAUAAAUGUUCAUGUGA